UAUACACUCACCAGCCCCAAAAUUGACCCACAUGUUCAGUUCAAUUCCUAGUCAACAAAAAUAGCAAAUCAGCCAAUCACAUGGCAGCAAUUCAAUGUAUGUAGACAUCAAGACAUUGUAAGAUGGCUUACUGAGGUUCAAGCCAAGCAUCAUAAUAGGGAAUUAACGUGGAUUUUAAUGUGGCAUGGUUGUUGGUGCCAAACAAGCUGGUCUGAAUAGUUCAAAAAAUUUUGAUCUAGGAUUUUCAUGCACAAACAUCUCUUAGGUUUCCAGAGAACGGUCCAAAAACCAGAAAACACCCAGCAAGAACCAGUUGUUUGGACUUAAAUUACUUGCUGAUAUCAGAAGUCAGAGGAGAUGAAGUAGACUGGUAUUUGAUGAUUUAAAGGCGAAAGUAGCUCAAAUAAUUACUUGUUACAACCACCAUGCAUUUGCUGAACACCAUCUAUGAAUGCACCAUCAUCAAUCUUUGAAGUCAAUGGGCUUCAGCAGCAAUGAAAGCAUCCUGCCUAUCCUGCUUUGUCGUAAAUGUUCAGACUGGUUGUAGUAAUGUAAAAGUAGUGAAGGAUAUUUUAUUUGCCCACUCUGGCCCUUAGUACCAACUGGUUAUCGUUUAAGCACCACAACCUAGCUAAAUAUUAUUGCUGACCAUGUUAAUCCUGUUGGGAUCACAAUUUACCCAUCUUUUGUUAGCUACUUCCAACAAAACAAAUCAUCUCAAACUGGGGUUUUGAACACUGCUUUCACCAGAUCUUAAUCCACUUUACCACCUUUGGGGUGUGGUGGAACAAGAGAUUCAAAGAUGUGCAGCUGACAAAUCUGCAGCAACUGCAUAAUGCUUUAUGUCAGUAUGGCCCAAAAUCUCUGAGGAAUGUUUAUUACAUCUUUCUGAAUCCGUGACAUGAAUAGUUGAGGGAGCUCUGAGUAAAAAAGUGUGUUCAACCAGGUAUUAUCAAUGUGUACCUAAUAAAGUGGCCAAUGAAGGUGUCUGCAAUGUGUUGUCUGCCUGCUUUGAAUUUGGAACAUUUUGCCUUUAAAUCCUAUAGAAGUUACCCUCCAAUGCUCAGUUGUACUGUGUAACAAAGCCACAAUCAAUCCUAACAGUUUUUUCACUAGAUCAGAAAUGUUUUCCUUAAGGGUGUCUCACGCUAUUAUUUAUAAUAGUGGGCUUGUUUACAUCCUCUACAUAUGGAGACUUUUCUGAGUGACCUUGAAAACACCAGCAAAAACAGCUCUUAUUUAGACUGACUUGUUUGUAUCUUCAGCUUCUAACAACAUGUUGCCCCCCCUACCACCCAGUACGGAAACCACUUUUCUGCAUUUCACUCCCAUUUUACCCUUCCAGAAUUUUCUUCCUGCAUGCAAAUCCUUCUCCCGCAUACAUAUAAAUUGGUCUCUCGAACUAGAUCCCAUUACAGAUCUAGUUCGAGAGAACCUACCUUACCAAACUGAGGCUCGCACGACAACAUCCUACAGCCAUGACUUCAACUGGAGGCCCAAUUGGCUUUUUGAUGAUUGCGCUGAUAGCUCUUCUGGGUUCUGAUCAGGGAGAGACAACGAGAAGCUCCCUGACCAACGCAGAUGUCCCGUUUCCACCUGCCGCUCCCACUUCUCUGAAUCUUGGUGCCAUCUGCCAGAAGGGUCAUUGCCGUUCCAGAUACCUUCCAAGCUUCUUCCCUCGGUCCGGUGGUAGCCAUUUCCGCUUCUGUGGAAUGGCCAUCAACCGCCUGGAGUCAUGGUACAGUUUGUGCUGUACCAAGCCAGAAGCACAAAAACUGUGCUGUGCCCAACAAGCUUGGAAAAAAGCCCUCUCUCAGUUCUGUGUGGAAGAAUUUUCCACCAAAACAAUGGUAUAUGAGUGCUGUGAGUACAAAGGAGACGCUCGGUGGAGCUGCUUCGAAAGUGAGCUGCCAAACCCAGACUACAGCUGUGUGCCAGGAUACAUUGCUCCCAACAUGCCUUCAGAGCCAGGAUUCACCUUCAACCAGGGCGCUUGCCAAAUGUGACUGAUGACAUAAUCUCUCCCAUCAAUGCAGAACAGAGGGAAACCUAAUAAAGCAAAUAAUAACUGCUUAUCUUUAUCUUCUCUUUGUCCAAGGUAGCCAGAAUAGAGUAGUAGAUGGUGGGUUGAUUUAUGCUGAGUAAUUAGGUGAGGGACUCAAUAACUUUGUUCUUUUUUAAAUAUGUUAAUCAAGCUUUUUUUAUAUAUAGAAAUAUCAAGAACCUCAUUUCAAGAUGUGCAGUAGUAUGCAUACUGUUAUAACUUUUAAAAAGUGGUCCAAACGUUAAAUCACACUUCGCAUUUUCUGUAGAGGCUGUGAUAGACUGUUGGCUGUU